AUGCUGUGACGGAUUUUGAGUAGAUCGUUUAGCAAAUUUGAAAAGUGAAAAAAAGCAGCUGAUGCUGAAUUGAAACUAAAAGACUCUUGAAAGAAAUUUUUAUGAAAUACUAAUGAAGGAAUUGCAAUACGUCCAGUUUAUUUUGCUGAGGAUGCCAUCAAAAUUCCAGAUGUCCCAGGAGAAUUUCCAUUCAUGCGAGGCCCAUCUAGUACUAUGUACACUCAUAAGCCUUGAACAAUUCGCCAGCCUUCAGUUUUUAAUACAAUAGAAGAAAGCAACGCAUUUUACAAAGCAAGUAUAGCUGCUGGCCAACAAGUUUUGAAUGUUUACUUUGAUUUAGCAACUAAUAGAGGCUAUGAUUCAGAUAAUCCUAUAGUAAAAUAUGACGUUGGGAGAAAUGGUGUGCCUAUUGACACAGUAGAUGACAUGAGAGAACUUUUCAAUGGAAUUCCUCUCGCUAAUAUUAAUGUCAAUAUAGCCAUUAAUGGUGCUGCUCUCCCUAUUAUGGCAAUGUUUAUUGUGACUGCAGGAGAACAGUGCGCACUUUUAAAAAGACUUCAAGGUACCAUAGAAAAUGAUAUUCUUAAAGAAUUUUUAGGAAAAAAUAGCUUUAUUUAUCCACCUGGGUCUUCCAUGAAAAUUGUUUCUGAUAUUAUUAGUUAUAUAGCUCAGCAUUUAUAGCCCGAUCCCUGCUUUGGACCGGGCUUGGCUGGCAUCGGGAGACGUCAGAUUGGGACUUGGCUAGCAACAUUUUCUGGCAAAGUCAAAUCCCAGAUGACAAAUCUCCAAUAACGAGAGGAUUUGUUAUCUAGGGAGCUGGCUUUGCCAGCAAAAGUUGCUAGCCAAGUCCCAAUCUGACGUCUCCCGAUGCCAGUCAAGCCCGAUCUAAAGCAGGGAUCGGGGUAUACCUAAAUAUAACCCAAUUUCUAUAUCCGGGUAUCAUAUGAAAGAAGCAGGGGCUGGCAAUAAAUUGGAGCUAGCUUUUACAUUAGCAAAUGGCUUGGAAUAUAUUAGGUAUGCAUGCAAUGCAGGCCUGACUGUUGAUCAAAUAGCCCCUCGCUUAAAUUUUUUCUUUGGAGUUGGUAUGGACUUUUAUAUGGAAAUUGCUAAACUUAGAGCAGCCAGAUUUUUAUGGGCGGAAUUAUUAAAAGAAAAAUUUGACCCAAAAAAUACAAAAUCUCUAGCUUUAAGAGCCAAUUGCCAGACUUCUAUGUCGAGCAUUACAGCGCAUGAUCCUUUAAAUAAUAUUGUAAGAACUGCUAUUGAAGCUACAGCAUCAGUGCUUGGUGGCACACAAUCAUUAUAUACUCAUGGAUAUGAUGAAGCUGUUGGAGGUCCAACAGAAAAUUCAGCAAGAAUUGCGAAAAAUACACAAAGUAUUCUGCAGGAGGAAACUGGGAUAACAAAAGUGGCUGACCCCUGGGGAGGAUCUUAUUUUAUGGAAAAUUUAACAAAGGAGUUAGCAGAUGCUGCUUUAGGAGUGAUUAAUGAGAUUGAAAGCUUAGGAGGCAUGACAAAAGCUAUUGAAAGCGGUAUAGCAAGAAAAAUGAUUUUGGAAGAUGCUGCAAGAAGAAGGGCAAAAAUUGACUCUGGGGAAGAAACCAUAGUAGGAGUUAACAAAUAUAAAGUCAAGGAUGAAGAGAAAAUGGAAGCUCAAAAUAUUGAUUAUACACAUAUAAGAGAAGAGCAAAUACGUAAAAUAAAUCAAUUGAAAGCUACUAGAGACAAUUCUAAAGUGGCUGAUGCUUUAGAUAAUCUGACUCCUCUAUCAAAAUGGUAAAGAUUUUUUGUGCUUUUAUAAAAAAAUUAUAUUAAGAUCUAAUAUAAUGGGAGUAUAAUCUUAAAAUUAAUUAACAGAUUGGGUUGGACCGGUAGUGGCUACGAGUCAUCAAGGACACAUAAGGAUCUUUACGAAAUUCCCUGUUGGGCACUUGGAUGGUUAAGUUUACUUAGCUGGCAAAUUACUUCAGACACCAUCCUACUACUUAUCCAAAUCUUGAUGCCAAAACGCCUCCUCCUUGUCUUUUAGGCUCAAGUGUUGUGCAGGCGGACUUUGUACUUCACCCUGAAUCGGGCGAUUGGUGGUAGCUUGAUCCAAGGGGAAAGCCAGGAGUCUAAAGGGUUAUGGGUGUCUGGGAAUCAGCUGCUAUAUGAAAAUAUUUAAACCCUGAACCCAAGCUGCAAUCCUUGGUAUUGCUGUGAGCUCUAACUUCGGUCCCGAAGGACACUUAAAAGUUACUUCUUUCCAACUACAUAAACUAAAUCAAAACCCACCCGGGUAUCAUAAUCGCAUAUCAGACCUGAAUUUCGACUAUUUUUUCGCCCAGUUAGCCUUGGUCAUAAUUCGAGGAAAUUAAGUUCACUAUUAUGUUUAUAGGAGUAUAAUCUAAUGUAUUAUAUUUUAGCCAAGCUUUUUUUAUAAAAACAUGUUUUUUAAUAGAGAAGUAAGAAUCGCAGCGAAGACAGGUCAAGGAAAUUUAUUAGAGCUUGCAAUUGAAGCAGCUAGAGCUCGAGCUACCCUUGGAGAAGUAUCAAAAGCUUUAGAAGAUGUUUAUGGAAGAUAUUCAUUAGAAUAG